AUGUUCUCCUUCCUCGUGGCACAGCCCGCACGCACUUUCCAACAAAGGCUUACCGAGCGCUUCGAAGGCCACUACCAUAUUGUCCCAAACCCCCCUAGGUACACCAGCCCUCCAAACAUCCGGUCAACAUUCACACACGGCACCGAUCUUCACAAAAGAUGGAAGUCCAUCAAGGACCACCAAUACGGCCUCAAAACACGCUAUACCGCCGAGCCCUUCGACAAGAACGACAUCAGGAACCCGCCGCAAGAGCAGUACAUUGCCGCCCUGAACGAGCUUCACGCCAGCGCCGUCGAGGGACUGCAACAAUUCACCGCGAAAUCAGAUCGUCUAGCCCUGCAACUCACGCCCCUGAACGGCAAGGCGAACUGCAGGGGCUGGCAGAGAAUGUACGAUCCAAUCGUUGAGUCAUCAUCCUGCGAGCGAAUCCUGGACCGUCUGCAGGCGCUGGGCAGCGGCUAUGAUAUAUACAGCUGUCGGGGCAGACUGCCGCCUGGCCGCUCUGUGUACAGAGUCACGGCGUACAUGCAUCUGUUGUGUAUUUCUGCGGCCGUGGCGUUAUUGAAUGACGAGAAUUUCCUCGACGGCGACAAUCGAAAUGGCAGCGACUUCUCGACAGUGGGGAGCUGGCUGCUGCAACCGACAUCGAAGCCACAGCUGAAGAAGGGCUUGGAGCUGUUUUCUGUAUUUUGUGCCUCGAGGAAUUUUGAUGGAUUGUGUCCGUUUUUUAUGUUAUACGGAGUUCCGUUUGGCGCUCAUAAACAGCUCGCGAUGUUGGUCGGUGAAUUGGAUAAGCAUUUGAAGCACUUGACGGUUCUGAUGGAUCACGAUGAUAGAUAG